UAGCAGAACAGCACUUAGUCCACCAGUCGAGGUUGCCGGGGAACGAGGGUUAACUGUCUCUGCCUGGUCCAACUGCCCAUACAGCAUACAACAACGCACACAUAGAAAUCCAAGAAAAUGUUGUCUACAGAUCCUGAAGAUGAGCAUUUUGAGAGCUACAGCGUCGAUGAGCAGCAGUCGAAGAACUCCAUUCUAACUGAAUGGAUUGGCAUGGGGAGAAGCGGACCUCAAAACUUGGCUAAGCGGCAGCUUUGGAACUGUAUUACUUUUACGAUGGUUUUACUUUCGCUGCUGCUCCGACCAGCACACUGCCAACAGUGCCGGAUCCAGCGCUGCAAUGCGGAGUACGUGGCCUCUACCUCUCCCUCUAGUGGUCUCCAGGAAGACUCCCUGUCCGAUGUGGACUACUGCAUUGCCUUGCGUGCCUACGCCCUGUGUACCCGCCGCACAGCGCGCAGCUGCAGGGGUGACCUUGUCUACCACUCGGCCGUGUUCCGUAUCAAAGAGCUCUUCACCCAGCACAACUGCUCCAGCGACGGGCCCACCUCCUCGGCCAGGGCCCCUAGCACCUCCAGGCCAGUCGUGUCCGAGCUGUGCGACUACGAGAGCCGUGUGCUGGCCUCUGGCCCUGCCGGCCAGGGAAAGAAGUAUGCCCACUGUGGAUUAUUCGGGGACCCACAUCUGCGGACGUUCCGCGACGAGUUCCAGACCUGCAAGGUGGAGGGGGCGUGGCCUCUUAUCGAUAACCGUUACCUGUCGGUGCAGGUGACCAACGUACCUGUUGUCCUGGGCUCCAGCGCCACCGCCACCAGCAAGAUAACAGUGAUCUUCAAGUCGUACCACGGCUGUACAGAGCAGAAGGUGUACCAGGCUACCACGGAGGACCUUCCCUCUGCCUUCCAGGACGGCUCUCGGAGUGGCGGGGAGGGGGGCAGUCUGUGGAUCGUAGAAAAGGUUGGCUCCGGGGGCCGCCUGGUGACGAUCCAGGCCCGCUACAUUGGGACGUCCAUCAUAGUGCGCCGAGUGGGGCGCUACCUUACCUUCGCCAUCCGCAUGCCAGAGGACACCCUUGACUUUUCUGAGGAGAACAGUGGGCUGCAGCUUUGUCUGCACGGGUGCCCUCGCAACGAGCUCAUCAAGGAGCACACGCUGGGGCGCCAGCCCCUUCACCCCCACCUCCCAGGCUCCGGGUCUAACCCUGAGCUGGGGCCCCUACUGCCCCCACAUCAGAUCUACACAGUGGAGCGUGCCACAGCCAAGUGCAGGGAGACCCUGCAAGUGGAGGACAUAUACUUCCAGUCAUGUGUGUUUGACCUGCUCACCACAGGGGACCCUGAGUUCUCCAUGGCAGCCUACGGGGCUCUGGAGGAUCUGAAGGCCCUUCCUCCCAGCAAACUGAAGCAAAACUCUCCCAGGACUCCUCAUGUUCCACAAAACAGAGGGGGGCUACACACGUUGGCCACAGCCACCCCCAGUCUGGUCACACUCCUGCUCCUGGUUCUACUGCUUUUGUAAAGAGCAAAUACAACACACAAACAAAGUGGAAGUGAUGCCAGCUUGAAGGAGUUUUUUUUGCAUUUGUGAAUGUUGUAGUUCUUUUCCAGUCACUAAACCAUUUUGUAGGAUUGAUCCCUCAAAGGAUACCAGUGCUUCUUGUUCCCCCCCAGAUACACGUUGGCUGCCAGCUUCUACCACUUAAUUGAGUCUGAGCCUGAAUGCACGCAAUCAGGUGGGAUCGGUGGUUAAGUGCGUAAUGCACGCUCUAUUUUCACACUUGUAAAUUGGAUUAAGACAGUUACAGGAUGCUUCAAUGGGGAAUUCAUCGCAACGUGGUUCUGUGCACCGGCUGUAAAUGCAUCUUAUCAAAAAUAUUAGUCAAUUUCAUAUUUUUGGGGAAUACAUCAAGAUGCACACAAUCGUGUCAGAUAUCAUCAGAGAACGCAUCAGGCUUACGUGUAAAUAGUCUAUAGUGCAGGGACUUCUUGAAUGUGUAUCAUUAUGCACUUAACGGUUAACGCUCCAAGUUUAGUUCCUCAAUGUUGUCAUAUUUACUGGAAAAUGUUUCUUACAUGGGAUGAUCCAACAACUAAACAAAAAUACUACCUAUCCAAAUGUAUUUGGGUUUUGGUGUAAUAUUCUCAGUACUUUUCACUCCACCCAAGUGUGAUCGCAUUAUCAGUUUGGUGAAACACUCCCUCUUCAAGCUGCUUGGCUUCCGUUUUUUUUUUAAAGGUAAAGAAACAAUCUCUAUAUAAUAAUAAUAUAUUGAAAGAGUGUAUGUUUUAUAUUGUGUACAUUUGCCUGUGUAUAGAUUGUUUUACACUUGUUGUGAUUAGUUAGGUAUUUUUGAAUGAACUAAUGUGUUUUACCUUCUGUAAUUUUCCAUAUUAAAAAGUGUUGGCCACCA